AACAAAACUUAAUUUCAAACAUAAUAUAUUGCACCCAUCAUAUGGUCCUUCGAGCCGGAUAUCAGCGGCCCGCCGGCCGAGUGAAAAAAGUUCACGUGAAAACAUAACCUUCAACAACCAACAAAACAAGUGAAAAAACUAUUUGGACUCAAGUAAAGUGCUAAUAAACUGUGUUGAACUUAUUCGUGUGAUAAAUAACACUCGGAAACAUGUCGGACAUUGACUCGUUACUUGGAUCGUUAGAAGAUACAGCCCUGUUACUAAGAAAAGCGCAAAUUAACCUUAAAAAGUGUCCUAAGCAACGGUUAACUCAAGGCUACUUAGAAGCACGAUAUGCAAUCCUGGGCGAGUACUGGAGUACCUUCAAGAGUACGCACGACAAGCUCGUAAAAGUUACACCGCGAGACAAACGAGGUGCUAUGCCAUACUUCGUGAACGAGGACUUUUACACCACCGAGGACUUAUACCUAUGUUUACAAGCAGACAUAAAGGAUAUGUUAUUGCAAUUACGAGAGAAAAACAAAGAUUCUGAUGCGAGUACAAGUAAGGAAACCUGUACAGAUGGGCAAGUGAAGUUACCUAGUAUACAAUUGCCGACUUUUAGUGGCAAGUAUGAGGAGUGGCCGACGUACCAUGAUUUGUUUACAACAUUGGUGCACAAUAACACGUCGAUCAGUCAGGUACAGAAGUUACACUACUUAAAAACAAGUGUAUCUCACGAAGCUGAAGUUCUCUUACGACACAUACAAGUAACUGAAAGUAAUUAUACACAAGCUUGGGAUAUUUUGAAAAACCGCUAUGGCAACAAGCGUCUUAUUGUUUCCUCACUACUGAAGAGACUAUUCAAUCAACGGAAAAUUAGUGUACAAUCAGCUGGUUCAAUUAAAAUACUACUAGAUACAACCACUGAAUGCAUUAACAACCUGAAAAAUCAGAAGGUCAGCACCGAUUCCUGGGAUCCAGUAAUUAUAUUUCUGAUUGUACAGAAAUUGGACUCGGAGUCGCACAAAGAGUGGGAGCAAUAUGCGUACAAAGAAGACCCCGAAGCAUUGCCAUCGUGGAGCGACAUGAAGAAAUUCUUAGAAUCAAAGUUCCGCACUCUUGAGCUUGUCACACCGUCUUCAUCCGCACCUGCUACAGAGAAACGUACUGCUACAGUCAUACGUGAACGAACGUACCAUGUCUCGACAACUGAAAAGAAAUGCAUUAUGUGCAAAGAUAAUCACACACUGUGCCACUGCAAGGAAUUUACGAAGAUGGAUCCUGAAGCCAGAAGUACCUAUGUUAAGGACAAUCGACUUUGUUUCAACUGCUUAGUACCAGGACACUCAUCAAUGAAAUGUAAGCUACCAAUGUCCUGCCGCAUAUGCAACCGACGCCAUCAUUCUCUGCUACAUGAGAAUAGGAGCAAUGAACCAGUGUCUUCAUCGAGCAAAUCAACAACACUGGCUUCACAACAUGUAGUAGAAGAGAAAGAAGAAGACGAAGUACAAGUUAACUCAAUGAUGGCAUCACAUAUCAAUACUAAGCGGGGAGUAGCACUAUUAGCUACAGCCAUUGUGGAAGCAACUAAUGAACAAGGUCUCACCAUUCCACUCCGUGCGCUAAUAGACCAAGGAUCAGAAGCAUCAUUCAUCAGUGAGAACGCAGCUCAACUGCUGAAACUUAAAAGACAGCCCAUGAAGGGGAAUGUGCUUGGAGUGGGAUCAACAAAAACAAGCAUAAACCAGUUGGUGCAGCUAAGAAUAAGUUCACGUUUGAAAACAGAAACAUGUUUAUCAAUACAAGCAUAUGUCAUUAAGAAAAAUAUCACGGCAAAGAUACCAAAGAAGAAAAUUCAAAUACAACAAUGGCCUCAUCUCGAGGGGCUUGAACUGGCUGACCCAUCCUACUGCAUGCCUGGAGAUAUAGAUCUACUUCUAGGAGUAAGAGAAUACGCAACAAUACUCAAAUCAGAAUUUAUAAAGGGUCCGCCAGGCACACCUAGUGCUCAGAGAACCAGCCUAGGAUGGAUAUUAUUUGGGGAAGUCAAUGAGAACCCACAAGAAGACACAUUUCUGGUAAUGCAUCACAAAAUUGAUAUUGAUGACAUGCUGAAAUCAAUUUGGGAGAUAGAAACAGACAACAAGAGAUAUUUAACACGAAAUGAGAAACGAUGUGAAGAAAUUUAUGAGACCACAACCACAAGAAAUGAGGAAGGGAGAUACAUAGUCAAACUUCCAUUCAAAAAUGACAGUCCACUAGUAUCAGAAGCAAACUCUAAACAAAUAGCAACGCAGAGAUUCAUGCAAUUAGAAAGAAAAUUUAGAAGAGCAUCAGACCUAAAAGAAGAGUAUACAAAGGUUAUUAAUGAUUACAUUGAACAAGAGCACAUGGAAAGAAUACCUGAAAAAGAAAAAGAUAUAAAAAAAUCAGUAUACUUACCACACCACGCUGUCGUACGCGAUGAUAAGGAGACGUCUAAAACACGCGUUGUGUUCGAUGCAGCCUGUAAGAAUUCAAACAAUGUCUCUUUAAAUGAUGAACUUCUGGUUGGUCCCCAGUUGCAAGAGGACUUGAGAAAUCUCCUGACAAGAUGGCGGAUGAAACGUAUCUGCUUCAUGGCCGAUAUAAAACAAAUGUAUCGCCAGAUAUUAGUCAGCAAAGAUGACGCUGACUAUCAAAGACUGAUCUGGAGACCAAAUGAAAAUAAUGAAUUAGAAGAAUACAGGUUGCGCAGAGUUACCUUUGGUACAUCUCCAGCUCCCUACUUGGCUGUGAGAACACUACAUCAAGUAGCAAAUGACGAAGGCAAAGAAUGCAAACAGGCUACUGAGUCAAUAAAAACAAACUUUUACAUGGAUGAUUUCCUUGAUGGCGCUGAUUCUGUAAAUGAUGCUGUCAAACUUGCCCAAGAAGUCACUGAAAUACUAAAAAAGGGUGGUUUUCUUCUCACAAAAUGGUCGUCAAAUGACAUAGAAUUUAUGAAAUCAAUAGAUGAAGACCAAAGAUCGGUAAAUGCACAAGUAAACUUGAAUCUUGAUGGAACAGUUAAAGCAUUGGGUAUUGUGUGGAAUUUGAGCCAAGAUACAUUCCAGUACAACCUGCGUCCUUCACAACCAUUGAGCAUCAUCACAAAACGUAGCAUCCUAUCUGAUAUUCAGAAACUUUUCGAUCCGCUUGGUUGGAUUGCUCCAAGCACUGUGAUGGCCAAACUAUUAAUACAAAACUUGUGGCUUGAAAAGAUUGGAUGGGAUGACAAAGUAAGUGACGAACUGGAAGAAAGAUGGAAACAGAUAAGAAAUGACUUUACAAAUGUGAAUGAGAUACAAAUGAAAAGAUGGCUUGGAGUAACUGAAACUAAUAAAAAGAAGAUACAGAUGCAUGGUUUCAGUGAUUCUUCAAUGAAAGCAUAUGGAGCGGUGAUCUAUGUAAGAAUUGAAACAGAAGAUAAUGAAAUUGAAACAAGGCUCAUCGCUGCCCGAACUAGAGUAGCCCCGCUUAAAACCAUAUCAUUGCCAAGGCUCGAGUUAUGUGGUGCCCUACUCUUGUCUAAACUCAUGAAGCAAUUUGGACAAGCUAUGAGAAUCCCAACAACAGAUAUGUAUGCUUGGACAGAUUCACAAAUAGUUAUUGCAUGGCUGAGUGGUGAACCUAAUCGAUGGAAGCCUUUCGUUGCCAACCGUGUCGUUGAAAUCGUAGAAAAUCUAAACAAUAAUCAAUGGUAUCAUGUACAGUCGAAGGAAAAUCCCGCUGACUUGACCUCACGAGGAAUGUUGCUUUCUGAACUUAAGCAAUGUGACCUGUGGUGGAAAGGGCCAAAAUGGUUAACUGAAACAGAAAUAGAGAUGAGUAAACCAGAGAUUACAAAGACAGAACUAGAGAAACGAAAAACAAAAGAAGUGUGCACGUUAACAAAGGAAGAAGACCUAGAAAGCAAGAAAGAGAAAGUAUACACAAAUUUGAAUGUAACAACUGAGAAGAGUAAUAUAGAAGAAAAACCAUUAACGGAACAAUUUGAACAAUUCGAAAAUUUGAAACAGCUUAUUAGAUCAAUAUCACUAUGCAGAAGAUUCCUAAACUACAAGAAAGUAAAGGACACAGAAUUACCAUUUACAACUGAAGAAUUAGAGAACACUUUACGAACAUGUAUUAAACUAUCACAAACAGAAGAGUUUGGAGAAGAAAUUGAUAAAUUGAAAAUGAAGAAACAAGUAAAGAAUACGAGUAAAUUGAAAUCAUUAAAUCCGUAUUUGGACGAGCACCAGAUCCUCAGGGUGGGCGGUAGAUUACAGCACGCAAAUAUAAGCUAUGAAAGCAAACACCCAAUCAUUCUUGGUAACAAAAAUUGCCUGACAAAUCUGAUAGUAGCUGAUGCUCAUUUGAAAACACUGCAUGGAGGCGUACAGCUUACAAUGUCCUACCUAAGGUCCAAAUAUUGGAUAGUAAGAACCAAAGGAUUGGUGAAAUCACAUAUCCACAAAUGCCUGACUUGUGCCAAACACAGCGCUAUUGCAAAGAAGCAGAUUAUGGGAGAAUUGCCCAAAGUGCGCGUAACACCAGCACGAGCAUUCAUACGAAGCGGCGUUGAUUUUGCCGGGCCUUUUCAUGUACUUUUCUCUAAAGGACGAGGAGCUAAGACAAACAAAGCCUACAUUGCGAUAUUUAUAUGUAUGGCUACCAAAGCUAUUCACUUGGAGUUAGUUGGAGAUAUGACUUCACAAUCAUUUAUUGGUGCCUUCAAAAGAUUUGUGGCGAGGCGCGGUAUAUGUUCAGAUUUAUGGAGUGAUCAGGGCAGAAAUUUUGUCGGCGCCAAUAAAGAGUUGCAAGAGGCAUGGCAAGAAGCCAAACUAGAAUUUACUGGAGAAAUUGAGGAUUCCUUGGCAUCUGAUGGUACCCAAUGGCAUUUUAUUCCAGCAUAUAUCCCAAAUAUGGGAGGUCUAUGGGAGGCCGGGGUGAAAUCCAUUAAGCACCACCUAAAAAGAAUACUUACCACCAACCUGACCUUUGAAGAAAUGACGACCGUUCUCUGCGAAAUCGAAGCAUGCCUUAACUCACGGCCGCUAUGCCCGAUUGAUGAGGCCGAUACUGAUAAUAUGGACAUCCUGACACCUGGUCAUUUCCUCAUAGGAGAAGCACCGAGAGCAAUCCCUACGCCGAAUUUGAAUAACACGAAGAUAAGUACACUGUCAAGAUGGCAGCAUACCCAAAAACUGGUUCAAGAUUUUUGGAAGAGAUGGGUUCAAGAAUAUCUGACUAGACUCCAACAAAGACCUAAGUGGAUGAACAAACAAGAUGAAUUUAAGACAGGCCAGAUAGUCUUGAUAAAAAAUGAUAAUUUACCCCCUGGUAAAUGGGCUCUGGGACGCAUUACAGACAAACACCCAGGGCCAGAUGGUUAUACCAGAGUGUAUAGUGUCAAAAGUGGUGACAGUGUAAUUAAAAGAUCAGUGACAAAAUUGUGCUAUUUGCCUAUUGACAGUGAUACUAAUUAAUUUUGAAAAUUAUUUGAUUUCUUUGUCAUACCUAGGUUAAAUUUAUAAUUAUCUAAAGCAUUAUUUAAAUUGAAUUGUCAUAAAGUUAAUAUUUUUAGUAUAAACCAAGACUGUAACUUUUUCUAUCUUGGUACCUAUUUAGAUUUCAUUAAAGUUUGUAAAAGGACACAUAGUCCUUUUGGUGGGCGGUAUGUUCUGUGUAUUCUUGCAUGUGUAAAAAAAAAAAAAAACAACUGUCACUUUUUAGGAUUCAA